UCUGGGGUCUCCUUUUUAUUUCCGUUAGCUGCUAAGAAGUCAAUAUGGCUGGAAAGGGAAGAAAAGGCAAAAAUGCUCCGAGAGAAACAAAUGGAAGAUCGCAGGAAGAGGCUAGAGGAACAGAGGCUGAAAAUAGAGAAGAGGCGAGCUAUACUCGAGGAAAGACAGCGACUAAAGCUUCAGAAAAACAAGGAGCGUUAUGAAGCUGUGGUACAGCGCUCGACCAAGAAAACCUGGGCAGAGAUCCGUCAGCAGCGGUGGUCCUGGGCUGGAGCACUGCCCCAUACCUUGAGUGUGCACAAAGACAGUGAGUACAUUUGA